AUGAAAAAAGGGACAAAAAAAAACAGCGCUAAGAAGAAGGAGGAGAAGAAGGUUCUCCUAAAGGAGUUGAAAAAGCUAAAGGAAGACCUGACUGCAGAAAAUAAAAUCGCCGAUGAGAUUAAGGAAAAGAUUAAGAAUAUAGAUGCAACGGUCCUAAAACUGGAGGAAAAAAAAAAAGAAAUCGAGCUGGAAGAAAACAAGUCCCACAAAAUCCUCUCCUCCAGAAAAGUGGAAAACGUCAUAAACAAAUUUGUGCUCAAAUGUUAUGAGGCCUUUUUGGAGAAUUUGGCUAAAAAUGAAAUCGAGCUGCACGGCUACAUCCAAAAUUCGGAGGAAGAUAAAAAGAAGCAGCAAGAAAACAAAGACUACGAGAAACUAACCACCGUAACGAGCAUCCAGCAUUUGAAUAAACUAAACUCCAUUGUCCUUUCGCAAAACGAAAUGAUAGCAGAGAUUAAUAGGCGGUUUACCAGCAGCCUUAAGAAGGCCAAGGAAAACUGUUCCCGGAAGAUUAAUAUAGAAAGGGAAAAACUAGACAAGAAGAGACAAAAGGUCAUUUUCAAAUUGCAGUCCGAAAAGAACGAGGCCAUCAAGUACUGCCGGUACAAUGAAAAAAUCCUCAACAUGCAAAGCUACUUUAAGCUAAUUCUGGACGACCAGCUAGGGAUCAUUCAAAAGUUGGAGAAUGAAAAAUUGAAUAAGAGGAAAAUCUUCCUCUCGAAAAAAAAGCACUUGGAAGAAUUAAAAAAGGAUAUAGUGACUCACACAAAAAAAUUUGAGCAGCUGGACAAAGACGUGACCAUCCUGGAGAAAAACAUCGUCGACUAUGAAAAGCUGAAAACGGAUCUAAAAAGAAUCAAAGAAAAAAGAAAAAAACAGCAAAAGAUCCUAACGGAGUUGAAGCUGGAGGCGGACAUAAAAAAAAUGCUCUUGGCGAAAAUCUCUAAGGAGUACGAAGGUGCCUAUGCGCGAAGCAGGAUGAAGCUGUAUGACUACCUGCAGAGGGUGUUGUUAGAGAACUACUUCUUGGAGACGAAAAUAAAACUGAAGAGCGAAGCCCUGGAGAUAAGCAACCUUGAGCUCUCCAAGUGGAAGGAAUCAGUGGACCCCGAGCAGAACGAAAUAUUGAACAGAACGCUGGGGGAGAAAUUCCACAAAUUUGAAAAGCUGAGGAAGGACGUCGACGCUUUGAUAGACACAAAUGAAAAGAACAAAGAAAAUUACGAAGCGAUCAUGCACCUUAACUAUUUCUCAAAUGAAGAUCUCGACGUUUUGAAAAGAGAAAGCGUGUUUUAG